AUGCUCUUCCCCAUGUACACCGUAGCUUCAGAUGUGCUCCUGAAGAUGACGAGGGUCGAGCCCCACGAGAUGUUGAAGGCCAGAGGUGAGCUGGUCGUCUUCAGCGACGACUUGGGCAAGGCUGCCUUCGUUUCACAUCAGUGGCUCGCCAGAGACCACCCGGACCCCGAUUUCAAGCAGAUGCCCGUCUUACAGAAUGCUGUGACGCGCAUUCUGAACAGCUCUGGAUUUGUUUCCUUGGACUUCAUUACAGAAUCCCAGGUGCAAACUGCCAAGCCUCUCCCCAUGACGGAGUUCCAGGUGCUGACGCUGCAUUUCUGGUACGACUACUUCUCAUGCCCGCAGCCGCAAGCAAGCGUGUCCGGCGAGACGGAAUGCCACCAAGCCAGCGCCAUCAGCAGCAUACCCAGCUACAUCAAUGAGUGCGAAUUCUUCUUCGCGCUGUGCCCGGUGCUCGACUGCCCCUGGCAGGGGAAGGUGCUGACCGCAGCGACCUGGAGCAGCAGGGGGUGGUGCCGCCUAGAACGAGCCGCACGUGAGCUGUCGGCAAACAGCACCUGGAUUCUCAUUCAGAGCGAUGCCGCGAUGGAAGCUUAG